CUCUUAUUUUAUUUUCCAUAUUUUGUCUCGAUUGAAUAGAAGUCAUAUCAUAUUAUUCUUCUGUGGUUUUUAGCAAAAUCAUUCGGCUUAAUUCAAUUUCUCUGUCUGUAAAUACUUCAACUUCUCCAAUUCUCACCGUCACUCGGUGAUUCGUAGUCAGAUUUUUUCUUGUUCAAAGAGGCAAAGUAGAAGAGGAAAGUACUGAAAUUCCAAGCUUUUCUCUAGAGUAAGAGCAAAGAGUAGAUUGUCAUAAAAAGCGGCAGACUUUCCUUCAAUGGGCGCUCCGAAGCAGAAAUGGACUGCAGAAGAAGAAGCGGCGCUGAAAGCUGGAGUAGUUAAACAUGGGGCAGGAAAGUGGCGCACUAUACUUACAGAUCCCGAGUUCAGUGCCAUUUUGCGCAUGCGUUCAAAUGUAGAUCUUAAGGAUAAAUGGAGGAAUAUAAAUGUGACAGCAAUAUGGGGGUCCCGGCAGAAGGCAAAGCUUGCUCUUAAAAGGAGCCUACCAGCACCCAAAAUUGACAAUAACCAUAUGGCCUUGAGUAUGGUAGUUCGACAUGAUGAAGUUCUUGAUACUAAGCCCUUGGCAGUAUCUGGUGGACCAUUGCAAUCUCCUAAUGUGAAAGAACAAAUAUCAAGGUUGGUGGAUAAUCACAUAUUAGAGGCUAUUGUCAACAUGAAGGAGCAAAAGGGUUCUGACAAGGCUGCCAUUAUUUCUUACAUAGAGGAAAAGUAUCGGUCUCCACCAAAUCUCAGUAAAUUACUGUCAACCAAACUGAAGCAUAUGGUGGCAAGUGGAAAAAUAAUCAAGGAAAAGCACAAGUACAGGAUUGCUCCAAGUUCAACAGUCUCUGAGAAAAGAAGAGGCUCUUCAUCGAUACUUUUGGAAGGGAGGCCCAAAGAUCCUCCAGGAGCAUAUAAGAAUGAUGAUGUCAACAUCCUAUCAAAAUCCCAAAUUGAUGCAGAGAUAUCAAAAGUGAAGGGCAUGACAGCUCAAGAGGCAGCUGCUGUGGCUGCAAAAGCAGUUGCAGAGGCAGAAGCUGCAAUUGCACAGGCUGAGGCAGCAGCUAGAGAGGCAGAGGCUGCAGAAGCUGAAGCUGAUGCAGCCAAAGUGUUUGCGAAGGCAGCAAUGAAGAUGGUGUGGACUUACACCCGUUCAUCAUCAGCAGAGUCGGUUUGAUAUGAUAGUUCUGUUGCUGCGCUUCCUGUCUGUUUUUCUUAACUGUACAUAAUUUUCAGGUUGUAUAUCUGGAAUAUGCGGGAUGAUUAUGGAGACAUUUUGUUAGGAGUCAAUAAUAGUCUUUUUGUUUACUGAUUUUCUUAUUUUUAAAGGAAGACAAUGAGGGGAAAGCUACAAAGCAGUAACGGAAUAGUGGAAAUAGCCAUGUUUUGCUGUACUGGAAUGAUUGACAUCCACUUAGAGUAAAUGAGAGAAAACAAUUUUUAGUUGUGUGUCCAAUAGCAAUAUGGAUUGUCAUUGACAUCAAAUCAUAUAUGCGAGGAUGCUUGUUCCGAGAUAUUGCUACACUAUUCAUGCUCCAUAAAUAUAUUGAGUUCCUCUUGAAGUAUGUCAAAAUUAUUGUUGUCUUGUGAUUUUAAGUCCAUAAGGACAGUACGAUGUAAAGUGUAUGGAGCCAUUUGUUCCAAAUUUAGAAAAUGGUCGUACUUUCUGAA